GAAACCCACUAGAAAUAAUUCAAUUCAGUUGUCGUCUUCGUUUCCCCAACCCUAAUUCCAUAACCCCGAAUUGAAUCGAAUCAAAUCAAAUUCAGUAAAUCCCUCUGUAAGAGCAGCAGAAUAUCAAAUCAAUUAUGUUGUUAUCUCCUGGCCACUCUCCCCGCCACAUCUCCACCCCGUCCAAUCAAACGCCACAAAACCCUAGCCCUAAUACCAAUUCCAUUGUUUCUAAUUCCGAUUCAGAUUUCCCCAACCGGAAGCGGCAUCGCGGUUCCACCGUCCUCGACGAGGAUACGUAUGUUGCGGCGAUCGAGAAGAUUAUAGAGCGAGACUUCUUCCCUGAUAUCCCCAAGCUCCAGGACCGCCUCGAUUGGCUCCAAGCCGUGCGCUCCCACGAUCCCGUACUUAUCCGCGAUGCCCAGCUCAAGAUUCUUGAUCGUCGUCGCCAACGAAAAGAAUCUUCUGCCGAUGCUUCGUUCCGGGCCACGACCAGCACUCCCGGUUCCACCUUCUUCCGGAACACCUCAGUUACUCCCUCCCUUUAUAACGAGAACAAAGAAAGUUUUGCUAAUGAUGAAGGCGACAAGGGUACUGGCGAUGGUGAAGGAGAAGGUGUGGAUACGUCGGUGAGUUUGGACGACUUCUUUAAGAAAUACACCAGCGAGGACAAUGAGAGCUUUUCGAGAAUUAUAGAGAAAGUGAAUAGGAAGAGGAAGGAGAAAUAUGAGUUUUUGUUGGAAGGUGAGAAAAGGGGAGAUGAUUCAGGAAAUUUGAUUGAGGAUGAUAAUAAACGUGGGCAAAUUGCUACAGAUGGGUUUGGGACGUCUGAUCGGCCUGUUAGUACUUUGGAUGGGUGGAAGUACACAGCCAAGAAUUUACUGAUGUACCACCCUGCUGAUAGAGGAGAAGCUCCCUUGACCCUGGAGGAGAGAGCCAUAAGGCUGAAGGGUAUGACAAAGGAGAUUAGCAGAGUUAACACACGUUUUCAUGCCAAGUUGGUAGAUGCAAGUGCUUCAACGGAUGAAGAUGAUACUGUGGCAGUGCUUUAUGCACCUGUGGCUGGUGGUACUCCAGUUCCGGUGUCAAAUAGAGACCGUGAUAAUUUGAAGAAGUAUGAUUUGGAGGAUUUGAGGAAAACCCCGAAUAGAUUUUAUGUGGAAUCCGAGAAGAAAGCAGAUAAUGGGUAUAAUUUUGUGAAGACGCCAUCUCCUGCCCCAGGAGUUGAUGAAUCACCAUUUAUCACGUGGGGAGAAAUUGAAGGAACUCCAUUGAGACUAGAGUCUGAAGACACUCCCAUUGAUAUUGGGGGCACUGGUGAUGGGCCACAGUUUAAAAUUCCAAUGCCACCUUCGAGGGAUGUAAAGGCUCAUUCCUUGUCUAGGGAUGCUGCGAAAAAAAUCAGGGAGAGGUCUAAGAUGUUUCAGAAGCCUCCAUUGCCUUCGCCGGUCAGAGGGGGAAGUGCUAGUCCAAGUAAACGAAGGUUUUCACCUGCUGCACAGAAGUUUAUGAGGAAUGCAAUUGCCAAGUCUUCUCGAUCCAUUGAUGAAUCGCUGAGAGCGAGUUACCGCAGCCCAAGCCCUGGGUUGAGUACUCCUAAAACUGGAAGAAGCAUGUCAAGGUUGGGAAGAGAUGACAGCGGGACUUCCAGGUCACCUUCUGUAAGAGAAGGCUCUAAUCCUCCUUGGUAACUUGUAAUUUGUAUCUUCCUUUGUUUAGCGGGCUGUUUUGCAGUGAAUCAGAAUUGAUGUAUUGAGCGUGCACAUCGUUUGCCUUCUAAUUACUUUGUGUGCUUGAUAAAAAGUGAAAACCAAGAUUAUAAGAUAAUAAACAUGUCUAUUGGCUAUA